AUGGCGGACAAAUGCUCGUGCAGCUGCAAGUGCUGCAGCGACCCGGCUGCUUGCCAGAGUAAGUGUGACUGUUCGUGCAAGUGCUGCGAGGGGGGUCGUCGGGGCGACAAGACUUGCUGCGGGGUUCGCUCCGAAGAAGCGACGUUAUUUGCUUCCUCCCAGGAGCCGGUGACUACAGUGACCGAAGAACGAACCGUUGUGGAGGGCGACGACGGGAAAGGAACUGUAACGUCGACGGUGAUAGAGACUCACACGGUUUUUGCACCUCCAUCAGAUACUCGAGGGGGCGUUUCUUCCGAUACGACAAUCACCGCUGGAGAGGCGGCGGCCGCUGGCAAGCAGAAGUCCGAAAAAUGCGCCAGCAUGUGCUGCCGAAGUGGCAGCUGCGCCUGCGACUGCAAGUGUUGCAGAGAAAAAGCCUGCACAUGCGUGUGCUGUGCAAAGGGGAAAGACUCGAAAACCGUCGAGAAGACAGCAACUAGUUUGGAAGGAAGCUCCAAGUGCCCUUGCUGCUCGUCGAGCGAGGGCGCAUGCAUGUGCAGGUGCGAGUGCUGCCAGACAUGCAGCUGUUCGUGUCAGUGUUGCAAAGACAAGAAGAAAUGCUGCUGUUGCACCGACAAAAAGCACGGAACUUGCGACUGUUCCUGCCUCUGUUGUGCCGGCGCUGAAUGCCGCUGUUGCAACUGCUGCAAAAGUAGAUGCGACUGCGAUUGCCGGUGUUGCAAGCGUGCUCAAACUUGCGCAUGCAAAUGCAACUGCGCCUGCUGCCAGAAGCAGAGUUGCCGAUCGGCCACUGGCGGGUCGUGCUGCGCUAGCAAGGCCAGCACUUCACAAAAAGGUGCGCCCAAUAUUCGUGAUCGUGUGCAGAAGAGAAAAGACGGUUCUUGCUCGCAGAUACAAGCGCAGUCUGAGGAAGAGGGAGGAGGGAAAGACGAGGUUUUAGAGAGCGAAGACGCCGACGUGAACAUGUGCACGGUGCGCCCGCGUCAGGAUAUGAUGGAGAGCUCUACAUCUUAUUCGUAUUUCGCAUCUCCGGAGGCAAUCGACAGCGUGAAAUGCCUCACGGUCAAAGGAGGCGAACAGGUGGUUCUGCGGCGGAUGCGUGUUUCUGAUUAUUCUGCAGUCCGUACUCUUCUUCCUUCAGUCUCGCGAUGUCCAGAGACACUCUCCGAAACACAGCUUGCCGAGAUCCUUCGUUUGCCCGUUUUCUAUGCCUGGUGUUGCUACAGCGUGAGAGGCGAGCAGGGUGACGGGGAAGGAGGAGGUCAGGAACGAGCGAUAGCAGAAGGCGAGCUUCUCGGCUACUGCGAAGUCAUUCUGCAGCCGCAUCUGGGACGGAAACCAGACGGCCGUCUUGAGCGCGUCGUCGUGAGCCAGACUUUUCGGGGGCGAGGUCUGGCGACGAAAAUGUGUCAAGAAGUCAUUCAGCAGAUUCGUGACGCAGGCGUGUGCGGUCGGUUAGACUUGACAGUCGAAAAGCCGGACGCGAGGCACAUCUACGAGGACAAACUUGGCUUCAGAGCCGUCGAUACCAGCGUUUUACGUCUUGAGCUCUGA